CUUAUCAUGAUCUUUGAAAGCUGCAUAUAAUUACAGAUAACUACAAUGAAAGCAUUGGAUGACGUUUAGAUUAUUAGCAUGGCCAAAUAUUUUUCAGCAGGAACUAUUUGCAUUGCCAAGCUUAUCUCAAUUCACUAGAAUACAGGGCUCUCCAUUUCAAUCCACAUUCAGGUUUGGUCAUCAACACACGAGGAUGGACGCAGCUCCUGUUAACCAGACUAACUCAUCUACCUCCUGCACCGUGGAGUCCUCAGUGGAAACGUACAUGUAUCCAGCUGUUUAUUCUCUUUUUUUUAUUGUGGGCUUACCGGCUAACUGCCUGUCUUUGUAUGUAGCCUGGAUGCUGAUGAGGAAUGGCAACAACAUGGCAGUGUACCUCUUCAACCUGUCCAUCUCUGACCUGCUCUACACUAUCUCUCUGCCUGUGUGGAUAGAGCUGGCCCUGCAGAGACCUCUCGGUGGCCUUUGCAGUUUGGUGGCAGUGAUCAUGUACAACAGCUUCUACGUAGGCUCGGGCCUCCUUUGCUGCAUCUCUGUUGAUCGCUACCUAGCAGUGGUCUAUCCUCUCCACUUUCACUGGGUCAGAGAGGUGCGGACAGCAGCAAUAGUGAGUAUUGCCCUGUGGACUCUGGAGAUUACCAUUCAUAUUAUCUUGCUUGACCACACGGGGGCACUGCAAGCUUUCUCCUCAAGAAAAGUAUGUGAGGAGCGAAUACCCAUGACACAAGAAGACGUCAACCUCGCCAUUACACGUGUCACGCUGGGUUUCUUGGUCCCUAUCUUCAUCAUGACCUUUUGUUUUCAGCAGAUCAUGCAAUCGCUCAAAAAGAGCACCUCAAUCCAGACAGUGGAGCGCAGGAAAGUGGGACUGCUGCUGUUUUACCUUCUUCUAAGCUACAUAGUCGCUUUUAUGCCCUACCAGAUUGUCAUGCUGCUGAGAGCCAUACUGGAGCCAGGGACCUGCUCCUGGGCCACAAGGCUUAGAGAUCCAUACCUGGUCACUGUCGCCACGACAACCAUAAACAGUACACUGGAUCCCAUAAUAUACUGUUUAAUCAGCGAGAGCGCUCAGAGAGAGUUAAGGAAAGCUGGAGAGAAAUGUUGGGGAGUUUUUCUGAGAAAGAAAUUGUCAGGGAGUUCUAAUCAAAUUCAUUCAGUUUCCUAACCGAAUUAUCUAUUUGUUUACAUUUUAACCCAUAAUUG